UUAUGCUGAUUGAGUAUUUAUGAUACUAUUUGUCAAGUUUAGUACCAGUCACAUAUCUUUGCCUAGCACCUGUGUAACUCAAGGAACAAAAAUGUUGAAUCGCUUUAAGUCAGUAUUAAUGAAUGCUGUAGGCGCAAGCGAGCUUGGCCUACAGUACCCUAAUGAUUCAGACAAUGAUAUGAUGACAGACUAUAUUAAUUCUAAUUAUGUGGUAGAAGUUGAAAAUAAACCUUAUAGCCGUCCAAGUUUUCUAGGCUUGACAGCUGAGGAAACGCAGGUGAGUGCAGAUCACAGAGUAAGACCUAUAAUAGUUCCAAGAGAUCUUAGCCGUUUGCCGUGGUGUGCUGGCUAUGCAGAAUGUAUAAACGCUGGAAAGAGUACUUGGAAUGAGGAUCAAGCUUCAGCAACACGUGGAGAUUUGAAAUUAUUAGAUGUUAAUGUUACAUUGCCUUAUGUCAUGUUUUCAAUGUUUGAUGGACAUGCAGGAUAUCAAGUGGCUCUUACAGCAAGAUUACAUCUACACAGGAUAAUCCUUGAAAGGUUACUGGCUAUACCAGGCAACAUGUUAUUAAAUGAAGAUGAAAAUGAACUGAUAAAGGGUAGAGAUCUAGUGACAGGUGCUAUAGAAUUAGCAUAUAGACAAAUGGAUCAAAUGGUGGAGAUGCAAGCUCAAAAUGGUGGUGGUGGUUGUACCGCUAUUACAAUUUUAUUUCUUAAUGGAAGAAUUUAUGCGGCAGGAGCUGGUGAUUCAAGGGCCGUAUUAGUUUUGGGAGAGGAACAACGUGCUCUUACUAGAGAUCAUACUCCAGAUUCUGAAUCAAAUCGUGUUAGAGCUCUAGGUUUUUUAAGAAGUAAUGAGUUGCUCAAAGGUCAUUUUACUCCGUUGGAGUUUAGAAAAAGACCGUUGCAAAAGGAAUUGGGAUCUUUGGUUUUAUAUAGAGAACCUUUUAUGACAGGUUGGGCAUAUAAAACUUUAACACAUCCAGAUUUAAAACUACCGCUCAUUUCAGGUCAUGGAAAAAGGAGCAGAGUAAUGGGAACGAUAGGUGUGACUAGAGGCUUUGGAGAUCAUGGUUUGAAAGCAGCAAAUACCGGUGUUAAUAUUAAACCAUUCCUAUCAUCACAACCUGAAGUACAAUCUUUGGAUCUGGACAGUUGCGAUCUCACCGAACGAGAUUGUAUUAUUGUCGCCACGGACGGACUUUGGGAUGUAGUAUCAGAUAAAACAGCGGCAGCAAUACUUAGAAAGACUCUUGCACCUGAUACUCCAUCAUUAGAAUAUAGACUCACGAUGGGUGCUCAAGAAUUGGUGCAAGCAGCAAGAGGUCGAUUAAUCGGUAGAGUUUGGAUGGGAAAACCGGAAAAUCCUAAUGAUUCGGACGAAAAAUCCUCACCUAUAGCUUCGGUGGACGAUAUUAGUGUGUUAGUAGUACCUUUAUAUCCAUACUUAUGCGAGCAUAAACAGUGGCUAAAAACAACACAGCAAGAACGAAAAUAUGCUGCGGAUUCACUAGCAACAAUGUGCUUCGAUUAUCCUAUCUCUAACAGAUCCACUGAUAAUCCCUCAUAA